GUACAUAUGUCACAAACAGUAUUUGUUUCACAAUUUUAGAGUGCAAAAGUGUUGCAGAUUGAAUUUCGAUUCGGAAUAGUUUGUUGAAUAUAGAUUACCUUUGAGGUAACAGCACUUGGAGGCUGCUGAAAGACGGUAUAAACAACGAACAACUGUCAUCAUGACUUGGAUACUCCUGACAUUAGUCGCACUUCUGGCUUUACAUCAGGCUGAACCAUCAGGAGUUUUUGAAUUGAGACUGAUUUCCUUCGACAACGAAGCCGGCAAAAAUGAUUUAGGGACGUGCUGUACUGGAAAAUCUAGACCAAAUUCGGAAUGCGAUGGAAUAUGUCGUCCACGAUUCAGAGUAUGUUUGAAGGAAUAUCAAGUAAAGAUUGACACCACGUCAAAAUGUACUUUCGGUGAUAAGAUCACACCCGAACUAGGACCAAAUCCAGUAACGGACACCCCGCAAAACGGAUUUUCCAACCCUAUCGCUCUACCAUUUCCUUUUACAUGGCCGGGUACCUUCUCGCUAAUCGUCGAGGCAUGGCACGGUAAUGAAACAUCACAUUCUGCCGUGUUGGUCAGUAGGUUGACGAGGCAAAGAUACUUAGACGUCAGCGAGAAUUGGACCGAUGAUUUUCACAGUUCGAAAUACUCCAGUCUUCGAUUCGAAUACAGGGUAACCUGCGAUUCCCACUAUUACGGCAAGGGCUGUGAAAACUUAUGUCGGCCAAGAGACGACAAUUUUGGACAUUACAGUUGCUCCCCUACUGGUGAAAGGGUUUGCCUGGCUGGAUGGAAAGGAGAUUACUGCACUAAACCGCAAUGUUUGCCUGGUUGUGACGAAGCACAUGGACACUGUACAGAGCCCAACGAAUGCAGAUGCCAGGCAGGCUGGGAAGGACCUUUAUGUAACCAAUGCCAAAGGUACCCGGGGUGUAUGUACGGAACUUGCGUCAAGCCUUGGGACUGCCUUUGUAACGAGGGCUGGGGCGGGCUUUUUUGCAACCAGGAUCUAAACUUUUGCACGAAUCACAAGCCGUGCCGUAAUGGCGGGACAUGUUUCAACACGGGACAAGGUAGUUACACUUGCAGUUGUCCCGCUGGUUUCAAUGGCACGGACUGCGAAAUUCCUGCAGACGACUGCUCGGAGAAUCCAUGCUUGAACGGCGGGGUAUGUACCCCCAAAGGCGCUUACAAUAUCUGCACUUGUCCAACUGGGUACAGUGGCCUUCAAUGCGAAACAAUAUCCAACUCGUGCAGCAAACAACCUUGCAAAAACGGAGGGACAUGCACUAACACCGAUGGGGGCUACCAAUGUGCAUGCAAACCUGGAUAUAGUGGAAUAAACUGCGAUUACCAACUGGACAAAUGCUCGCCAAAUCCGUGCAAAAAUAAUGCCUCCUGUGCUGAAACCGGCGACGGGUUCCAGUGUAUCUGCCCUUCUGGGUUUUCCGGCGAUCUGUGCGAAAUCAACAUUGACGACUGCGAAGGUACGCCUUGCCAAAACGGAGGAACGUGUAUAGACAGAGUGAACGAAUUCCGCUGCCAUUGUGUCCCGGGCUAUGUGGGACCCCUUUGCCAAAACCGCGUAGACUAUUGUUUGACUAAGCCCUGCGCCAACGGCGGAAGUUGCCUGCAACUAAUCAAUGACUAUAAGUGUAAGUGUGCUUCUGGUUUCACGGGUAAAGACUGUAGCGAGGAAAUUGACGAAUGUCUGAUAAACCCCUGUCAACAUGGCGGGACGUGUGUGAACAGCGUCCACGGCUAUGAAUGCCUAUGUCCAGUCGGUUUCUUGGGCCGCGAAUGUGACGAGGUGUCCUCCAGCGCUGCGCCUAGCGCGAGGGUGUCAUCCGAGUCGAAUCUUACCACUGAACACGUUGUGGUCAUCGCCACCAUCUCCACUUUCGUGCCGCUCGUGGUGCUGGUAGCAGUUGGUGUGAUCAUUUGCCUGAAGCAGAGACGCAAACGCGAAAAAGCUCGUGCUGACGAAGAGGCCAGGCUGCAGAACGAACAGAACACGGCAAAUAGUAGUUUCACAAAGCGUGGUGUUGCUAUAUCAACCGAUCCUCACAUGAUCAAAAACUCUUGGGGCAAAUGCACUAACAAUGUAAUCAGCUCGAACUUCUCCCCAGAUGACUGCAGUGUUUCAAACAUUAGCAUCAAUGACUGUGAUGGGUUCCCGAAACCACAGCACCAGGUGAUUGACGGGCGUCCUGUUUACACCUUGCAGAGGACGCGUUCUCAGAAGCAGCUCAACACUGAGACAGGAGCUCGCAUGCCAGUAUCUUUUGCUGCAAAACUGCAUGAACCUGAUUAUGAACACAUCAAACGUUUGUCUGUGAUGUCAAACGCUUCGGCUGUGUGCUCCAGUGAUCCCUCCAUGUUGAAGAGGCCGAUUGAGAAGGAGUCAAAUGGCGUUUAUGUGAUAGAAGAACACUUCCACAAUCCUGACACAAUCUCGUCUGGACUUUUUGCAACGGAGGUGUAGUUGAUGUAAAAUGAAUGACUGAAGUGUGUAUGUGAUGGCAAUACCAUCAGCAGUCUCGGACCGCUGUACAGUUAUUUAUUAUUUCCCCACACUGAGGGUGGUAUUGACAAAUUAAAUUAUGUUUGCAUGUGAACUAAAUAUUCGAGCUAGUGCCUCGUGUCCAAGAAGCUGUGCUACUCUCACGACUCUGCUCUGAGGAAUGCAAACAACCAGAUCAUUGUCUCCAGUGGUAAAAUACUUGUUUCUGUUUAUAUUGUAAAUAUGUUAGAAUAAUAUCUCUUUCGUUGUACCAUUCAUUUCCUUUAUGUAUGGUUUUUACCAGUGGUGAAGGUAUCUGGCAAGAAACCAAAGAUUUUGACAUUGUUCAGAGCCUAACUCUUGAGGGUAGCAGAGCUGUAUCUCGUCAAGUAGUAUAACGAAUGUAUUAUGAUGAAAUAUGGUAGAUUGUGAUUGAAGCUGAAUCAACUAAGUCACCAAUGUACUUAAGUAGGCUAUUGUCAGUAUUUAUUGAACUUUUUACAUCACCUUGCCAUGGGUAUUAAUUUACAAACUAUUUAAUAAUUAAGGUCCAGUGAUAUCUCUAUCCCAAAUUAAAACUGAUGGCAAC